CCUGAAUUCAGUCAAAGUUCGACAGUUCUGCUGUGUAGUGAGAAGUAGUGUUGUGGUAAUAUGGCUCGUACGAAGCAGACGGCGCGUAAGUCUACUGGAGGGAAAGCGCCAAGAAAGCAGUUGGCUACUAAAGCGGCGCGAAAGAGUGCUCCUGCUACUGGUGGUGUGAAGAAACCACAUCGUUAUCGCCCUGGUACAGUUGCGUUGCGGGAGAUACGACGGUAUCAGAAAAGUACUGAGCUGCUCAUACGUAAAUUGCCUUUCCAGCGCCUCGUUCGUGAGAUUGCCCAGGAUUUCAAGACUGAUUUGAGAUUUCAAAGUUCGGCAGUGAUGGCGUUGCAAGAGGCUAGCGAGGCCUACUUAGUGGGCCUUUUUGAAGAUACCAACCUUUGCGCUAUCCAUGCGAAGCGCGUUACAAUCAUGCCUAAGGACAUUCAGCUUGCUAGACGCAUCAGAGGUGAACGGGCAUAAGGGGAGAAAAAAACCAAGAAACGGCCCUUUUCAGG